CCUAAUUUGUAAGAAUAAUAUUCCACACACGCCCCCAUCCUCUUCCCUCCUCUGCACUCGGGGGUGGGGUGGCGGGUGUUCUUGCUUUUUAUACAAACAAAGCUGCUGUGGAAAUGCAUUUGUUCCCUGGAGUUUAGGCAAAAGUCAAAAAUUUCGAUGCUCCCUUUUCGUGUGUGUGGGUGUGUGUCGGGGCGGGGGGAGCGUUGGGCUCUGCCUAGAGAUCAGUGUCUGAAUGAAACUACAUGUAUUUAAUUGCAUGUGUCUGUACGUUGCACUGGAGGGAAAAGCACAGUACUUCUGCAAGAGCUUGGAGUCAAAGACGAAAGUACCUCUGAGACCUGAGAGCUCCUCAUACCAUCAUGAAUGAAACCGCAUCCAAUACAAUAACUGGAUUAUAAUUUUUGGUGGUAUUAUUAUUAUUAUUGGCUGCUUUACUUUUUUGGGUUCAUCCUGCUCCUCUUCUUCCUCUCUCCCUCCUCCUUGCUGCUCCCUGUUGGAAAUUAUGGCUCAUCCUGGGAGAAGAGGCUAUGAUAACCGGGAGAUAGUGCUGAAGUACAUCCAUUACAAACUGUCACAGAGGGGAUAUGAUUGGGCUGCCAAUGAAAACAGAGGACCAGUUUCUCCAAAUCUCUCUCCCCCUACUGCUACUGGGACCUCAUCUGACCAUGCUGGGCUGGUGUCUCUGCCUCCUGAGCCCCCUGGCUCGGCUGCUGCUAGUAACGUGCCCCUUGGUGAUGGGCUGCGCCCAGCACCGCAGGCUGUUCUCUUGACUCUGUGCCAAGCUGGAGAUGAAUUUUCCCAUCGCUACCACAGAGAUUUUGCCCAGAUGUCUGGCCAGCUGCACUUGACCCCAUUCACGGCCAGGGGGCGCUUUGUGGCGGUGGUGGAGGAGCUGUUCCGAGAUGGGGUUAACUGGGGAAGGAUCGUGGCCUUCUUUGAAUUUGGUGGUGUGAUGUGCGUGGAGAGCGUUAAUCGGGAGAUGUCGCCUCUUGUGGACAGCAUUGCUGUGUGGAUGACCGAGUACCUGAACAGACAUCUACACAACUGGAUCCAGGACAACGGAGGCUGGGAUGCCUUUGUGGAAUUGUACGGCAGGAACAUGAGGCCUUUGUUUGAUUUCUCCUGGAUCUCUUUGAAGACUAUCCUAAGUCUGGCUCUGGUGGGAGCUUGCAUCACCCUGGGCGCUUAUCUGGGACAUAAGUGAAGUCAACCAUCUAACUAUGGAUUACAAACGUCUUACGAAACAAUAAAAUAAUAUGGUUUUUCCAGUAGCACAAUGAUAUUAGUUUUAUGAGCAGAAGUUCCUGGCUAAAUAUAAAUCAGCUAUUACUGCCAAAGGGAGGUAUCAUUUAUUUUUUACAUUGCAGGAAACAGUUAUUUAUUAAAGAUAUUUACAUUUAACUUGCUAUUUCAGAAACUCUACAAACAAUUUAUAUCCGAGUAUCACAUAAUAUUGUUAUGAAUUGUAAUGAGCCCCAAACACCUUAAGCUUUUUUUUUUUAAAAUAAAUUAAUGCAGCUGGAUGGAUUAAAUAUACUGACAAAGACCUACCUGCUUUCUCUUGGGAGAGCAGUUACUUGGGCUGCUUCAGACUGUGUAAUUGUGUUGAUUUUACUACAAUUUCUCACAGAUCCAAGGAGAUGGGAUCCUAAAAAAAUCAGAGGGAGUGAAGUUAGAAUUAUUUCCAGCUGGCAAGUACUGACAUUAGUAUACAAUUCAAUAUGGUACAUACUUGGUGUCAGAAUAACAACUUCUCGGACAGCUAUCUACAGGAGUCUCCUGGCAGGACAACAGUUUGAAAUACGAUUGCAUAUAUUUUAUGAAAGUAUUUUUAAGCUACCAAAUUGUGCCAAUACAUCAUAAUCAUAACAGUAUCAUCUGAUACCAUAAAAGGAUGAUAUGUCAAUUCAGAUACUCUUUAUGAGUGCAUGAAAUGAAAUCCUUUGGACAUGCAAGAAAUUACUGUUUCAAUGAUUUCCUCAGCAGUAAAAUCUCUUUUACAGCUACAAACACAGAAACCGUGAGACCGUAAGUGCCUGCCUCUGCAGAGCACAGCUGGAGUCCUGACUUGUGUCCCAUUUUAGUGGGCUCAUAUCUGCAACUGAUCCUGUUUACUUGCUGAGCUCCUCUAGGGUUUUGAAACCAAUUAAGUUUGGUCUCUAAAUCCCUGAAAGUUGAAAAAGGUUUAAAUUUAUUUGGCAAGAAACAGACCUCAUCUGAGUUCCAGAUUAGCUCGAACUAUACUUGUUUAUCAAACUGGACACCAAAAUCAAGUACAUUUUCAUAACAAAGAAGUCAGAUGACCUGUAUUCUUUCCCCCAUCUCACCCCCACCCCACCAAAGUAUUUCAUACUAAUUAAUUCUUAAGACUUUCUGCAGAAAUAAAGAAGAUGAAGAAAUUGUCCUAAUCCUCUAGUUGGACAGAGACUCACUGACAUCCAGAUUCCUUAGGUGCCUAUUGUCAUUUCAGGGGAGAAUAAGGAGGGGGAAAGGAUGGACUGAGUUGGCUUCUUGAACAAUAAAUGCAACUUAAAUAAGAUUAAUUCAGAAUACUUAAUAUACAGCUUUAUAACAACUGCAUAAAUCCUGAACCAUAUAUCUUAGACAUGUCAACAUACUUUAAGGUGGGCUUUAACAAGCUUUUGGCUUCUAUGAAUUCCACCUUAAAAACCUCUAAGUCAAGUGUUUUUAUUUUUUUACUAUGAAACUGUCAAAAUAUGAACUUUGUGGCUAAAUGUACAUCCAGGGACAAGUCAGAAAGCUCUGGAUAAAAGGACAGGAACAACAUACAAGUACUUUCAGAGUGAAAACAAUACAAUGAAAAACUAUGCAGAGUCAACUUUGUGAUUUCAAUAAUAUAACUUUGUGGCAUUAUAUGCAAUAUCUGCAAUAAUUAGGAAUGUAAUAUGUUCAUUGUUAAGGCUGUAAUUGAUGUGAUUUCUUCAAAGCUGCUUUUUUUUAGAUUUGUGCAUCUCAGCAUUUUUAUUGCUAUUUAGUCAUGGCACCUACACUUUCUAUGGGCAAAGAUGGAGUGAGCGUUGCAUUUCAAAUUUGAAAUUAUUUUAAUUUUACAGAAACAUUUAAUGGAACUAAUGUUUGUAAAGCAAAUGUGAUCUGUUUUUAAACUCUGAGUAAAAACACCUGAAAUGUCAAAACUGUAUGCAUUUGUGCAAGGCACUUAUGAAAAAUAUUUAAAAAUAAUAGGGAACCACAUAUUAGGAACUGAAUGUGGUCUUAGUUUUUCAACCUAGCAGGUUUAAUUUAUGGAAAGCCAGGUACAAAGCUGAACUAGAAUUGGCACUGUACUACUGUUUCAAUCCACAUUUCACAAUCUAGUCUUCAUUUCAGUUUGUGCCCAUUAACCUCCCAUUAAAAAUAAUGAAUGAUUUGACCUUGAACUUUUUCAUCGUUGAAUUGUUUAUUGACGGUUUACAUUAUCAAAAAAUAUAAAAAGAGUAACUAUAAAUUCCUGUGCUGCUAUAUUACCAGAUAAUUUGGAUAGAGUUUAUUUUGGACUAUCCUCCAGUGGCAAGAUUUUUCAAAGCUGCUUUAGAAGUAAUAUGAAGUAGUCACAUUACAGAGAUGAUUAUGUAGAUGCUGCCAAUUUGUGUUCUGUUGUAUCUAUUCACUGGGAUUCCCAGCAUAUUAGUUAAUAAGUUAAAAAAGUCAAGGCAACUGUUAAUGGUUAUUUUAUUAAACAGAUAAUGGAGCUUUCCCAUUCUGACUGCAGAAUUGUACAAUAUUGUGGCUGCGUUAGCUGUAAGUUGAUGAUGCAUUUAUUAUUAAUCACCAUACUAGAAACAUUGAAUGUAUAUAAAAGCUUGAACUUGUUUAAAAAAAUCUCCCCCUCGACCCUCUUGCUUUCCCAGUGAUUCCUGUCACUUCCAUUUUCUUCGUUACCGUGUGAAACAGAACUUUCCCUACAACAUGCAAGGCCUUACUGUCAUGCUCCACAACUACAUUUCAAUUAAAAAUCACUUCUCACCCUGGAUCAGUCCUGGUGGCAAUCUGUAAAAAGAAGCAAAACAUAUAAAUAGUUGCACUUCUAAAGUUACUUGGCUGUGGAGAACCAAGGGACAACACGGGAAGAGGUGUUAAGAAGUGUAAAGAGGAGAUAGAUCAUUGAUAUAUCUCCAUGACUGAGGAUAAAAGUGUCUGAGAAAUUUGGCCACCGUUCAUCUAGGUGAAAAGAAAAAGAAUGAUAGGCAGUGAAGAUAAACAGAGCAAAAGGUUACAAAAUCCCACCCCCCACAAGUACUUAAGUAAAGCCUUGUUCAUUCUAGCAGCAAUCAUCUACAAACCAGAUCAGAUACUUGAUGUUACUGUACCACAUUUUUUUUUUGUCCUUCAAUUCUUUUGGGCUUUGUUUUUCAAUAAAAUAAUAAAGAAAAAGGUCUUGUUUUUUUAAACGAAAACUUCAUAAGAUCAUCUGAGAUUUGUUAUAGUUCCACAAUGUACCGAUAAGCCCCUUUGUUUUCAGUUUUAACUGAUUUUUACCUAAAAUUUCCUGGGUUUUGUUUUACAAAAAGUAUUAUUCAUUUUUUCACCCUACUUUUGUAUCAAAUAGAUAAAAAAAAACUUGUUUUGUUAGGAAAAUACAAUACAUUGCAUAAGAUAUAUGUGUGUACAUGCAAAGCUGCCUGUUGAAGUAAGGCUAUGUAUUAGUCUAGAAGGCACACAUGUAAGCUCUGAAGUGCGUGUGUAUCUAAACAUACUGAUGAAUCUCACCCACCAGGUACACAUUUCAAGCUGUUAGCAGAUGACAGUUUAAAUAUUUGACACACUAAAAUGGGAAGAAAAUGAAAAUCUGUCUCAAAAUAUGUUUCAGAACACAA